AAUAACUUUUGAUGACUUGCUUUCAAGCUUGAGCAAUGGAUUACGUUUAUAAUUAUGUGCCCGGUUUUAACGCCGUAACGACCCCUAUAUCGGCUCGUGAGUUUCCCGAUUAGGAAAUUCCUCGCCUCUUUAGUGGAAUCGUCAUCACUCUCUAGGGCUUCGUGACCAAUAACGCACCAUACCGACGAUGGCUACGCCUUGUGGGACUACUGCAGCUGCUAUUUUUCCCUUGCGGCUGUUUUGCAAGAGCUAUUCGCCUUCCUUCGAAGAGCAUGGCUAGGUACUAUGCCAGGAAUAAUAACGUAGUCGACGCGGUCACAUAACUUAGUCUUUUAUAGAUGGCUCAAGACCAAUCGCAAAAAAACUACCAUUGGACACGCAGAAAAGUUCGCCUCCGCGCUCGUUUUCCUGACAUGAACGAGCGUGCUCGACGGCUCAGAAGACGAACAUGGAUCACAAUCUUCUCCAGCACCCCAUGAGCUCCCAAAAUGUGCUGCAUAUUCCAAUCGACUUCCGGAUCCUGUCAGACGAGCUUUCAAGGAGGGGGAUUUGGCAACACCGUGCUGCUAAUUUAUCAGACUUCAUAGCGACGGGUUACCUGUAUCCCGCAUUAGCUGCGCUGUCACUCCUUUCCCUGUUGGCCUCAAUCCUUUUCCCCAAUGGAUUAUUCAGUCGCAAAAUAAAACUCCAUACCUCUUCCGUAGAAGUAUCCAAACCGACGCGGAGGUCACAUACGCCGCUCAAAUAUUCCAUAACGCAAAUAGUCGUCUUUUCCGCAGCCCUUUCUUUGGCAGCUGUCUCUGCGUCUCAAAAUGGAAUAUGGGUGGAACCAGCCGUUUUGGGCUAUGUGCUUCUCCUUGGAGUUUUGCAGUUUGCCUGGAAAUCGAACGCUUUCAGCCUUUUGCUAAAUCGACAAACGAACUCACUGGUAGCUAUAAUCACCAUUUUGGAAGCUAUUCGAUUGUUAUUACCUGUUGCGAUUAUGGGUUCGAAUAGAAGGCCGUCGAGGAUCGAGUGUGCUAAGCUCGGUUGUUUAGCAUUUACGCUCAUAAUAUCAUUCAUCACGCCCCGGGAGAUGCGAAGCCAAGAGCGCAAUGUAGAGAGUUCGGUUGCAGAGGAAAUGAACGAGAAGUACUCUCCCGAGGAAACCUGUUCGUGGUACUCCUACUACAUGUCCUAUGGAUGGCUCACAUAUCUUACGGUCAGGGGCUUCUUUCGGGAUUUAUCCAUCGACGAUCUUCCGCCCCUACCAUCAUAUGAUGCGCCAACUACAUUACUACAACGUAUGAACGAAUCCCGUCUGAAAGGUGGAAGAACCAUCAGAACUCUUUGUCUUGCGUUCCGAAAUGAUAUCAAGACAAUAAUGGCCUGGGCGGUCACGACUGCGAUGGUCGAGUAUCUCGCACCAUGCGCCAUGUACAAUCUCCUGAGUUACUUGGAGAAUCCUAGUGAGAGUACCGCGAUCGUGCACCCGUUCGUGUGGAUUUCGCUCCUGUUCAUAGGCCCUGUUGCUCGUUCCGUUUGUUAUCAAAGAUCUAUCUUCGUAGGAACAAGAUUACUUGUUCUAGUCAAAGCAACAAUGAUUCAGGAGAUAUACCAAACGAUGAUGGGGUCGCAUGUAGAGGACAGUUUACAGGGACAGGCUGACACAAACAGCCAGGAUCAGAGUAUAGACGAAUCUGGCGAUGCUUCGACGAACGGUGUACGAGCACACUCCGCCAAGAUGGAAAGCUUGUUGUCUUAUGAUGCCGACUCGAUUUCCAAUGCGACCGACAUAUUUUAUGCCCUAACAGCGAGCACAUUAUCAGCUAUAAUUGCUAUGACCUUCCUAUACCAGCUGUUAGGAUGGCCAUCGCUAAUUGGUGUUGGCGUCCUGCUAUCCCUGAGCCCUCUUCCUGCCCUGUUUUCCGGACGCCAAUCACGGUUACACAGGUUCGUGAUGGAAACAACCGAUUCUCGACUCUCCAAGAUUUCCGAAUAUCUACACUCGAUCCGAACCUUAAAAUUUUUCGCUUGGGAAGAUGUAGCAUCCAAGACGAUCAAUGCUAUUCGUGCGACCGAACAACAACGGAUUUGGAAACGUAACAUAACAUCUAUGCUCAUCGCGAUGACUGGCGACAUGCUCUCUCUUGUCAGUCUCCUGGCCAUGUUCACAUCGCUCGUACUUUUCACAGACACGCCCCUACGAGCGCCAGCAGCUUUCACGGCGUUGGCCUUGACGGAGACCUUACGCGCGCAAUUCGUAUGGCUCUCCAAGGUCGCUCAAUGGGUAGCGCAAGCCUACGAAUCCGUCCAAAGAGUUGACAAAUUCUUCGAUUCCGCCGUAGAAAUGAAACGGCAUCCAGCCGGGCCCCCUGAAUUCAAGAAUGCGACUUUCCGCCUGAGUUCAUCCUCCAGCUUCCGACUCCGAAACCUCUCCAUCUCAUUCCACGAGAAGGCGCUUAAUAUCGCGACAGGACCCACUGGAAGUGGGAAGACGUCCUUGCUAUUAUCGCUACUAGGCGAAACGAGUCUUGAAAGCGGGACAGCCGCUUGCCCACCAGACGUGUCCUACGUGCCGCAGACAGCAUGGCUGCAGAACAACACUAUCCGUCAGAACAUUCUAUUCUAUACCCCAUAUGACGAGCGUCGAUACAGGCAAAUCCUCCAUGCCUGCGAUCUCGUCGAAGACAUAACGCAAUUCCCACUAGGCGACCUGACGCAUGUUGGCGAGCAAGGAUCCAGUCUUUCGGGAGGCCAAAAACAGCGAAUAUCAUUAGCUAGAGCCUUAUACUCGCCUUCGUCAACGCUUCUCCUUGACGACAUCUUCUCAGCGCUCGAUGCGCAUACUGCUCUUAGAGUGUACGAGCGAUGUUUCCGUAGUGGGUUACUAAGCGACCGUACAGUCAUCCUCGUCACGCAUUUCUCCACCGCUAUAGAUGAUGCGGAAGUACUUGUCUCGUUGGAUCACGGGGAGGUUUCGUUCACGAAGAUAAACCCCGGGCGCCCGCCUAGCUACGCUAAGUCGUCUUGGGUAACGCAUGCUGAAGAAAUGGAAGAGGAGAGUGGUUCGCAGUCAACACCGAGUCCUCAAUCAGGGGUGACGUUCAUGCAAGGUGAAGUUACGGAGAUAUCGCUCCCAGAGGAGAAUUUGGGUGGAGCAGAAGUUGAUGAAAAGAGGGCAUCGGGGCGUGUUCCACGUGGGUUCAUUGUUCGAUACAUGCUUCUUUUCGGAGGCUAUUCGGCCGCGACCCUCACGAUAAUUAACACCAUCCUAGUGCAACUCGCCUAUUUCUCGAUCACAUUCUGGUUAUCCAUAUGGACGGGAUUAUCCACGCAGGACGACUACCCCUCAAAAGCGAUACCGUACCUCCUUGUUUACAUCGGCACGGUCCUGGCGUUCAUAUCCCUCCAAUUCCUCAACAAUUACAUAUAUCAAAGAGGCGGGUGGAAGGCAGCAAAGACAAUGCAUGAGCGGCUAGUUACGGCAAUCCUGGGAGCCCCUAUUUCGUGGUACGACAACACCCCAGUCGGUCGCAUUAUUAACCGCUUCGGCGUGGAUAUACAAUCCAUGGACAGCGCGCUGGUCGACUGGCUACGAAUGAGUCUCGAUAACGGUAUCCGUCUUGCCUUACGCCUAGCGAGUAUCGCGUCAAUCAUGCCUAUCUUUGCGCUACCAGCCGGCAUCUUCUGCAUGAUCGGUUUUGCGACUGGGGAAGUCUACGCCCGCGCGCAGAUAUCAAUCAAACGACUAUGCGCCGUAAAGAUCUCCCCCGUGUUCUCGCAUUUCAGCGACACCACCGGCGGUCUUGCCGUCAUCCGAGCGCGCCAGCCGAUGGACACCGUCUUCCAGACCCUCCUCGCAGACAAGCUCGCGGUAUACAUGCGCGCGCUAGAAGCCCAAUACAACACCAACCGCUGGGUCUCUAUCCGCUCCGACUUCUGCGCCGCCACGAUCGCGGUCACGGCGGGAUGCAUCGCGUACUAUAAAUCCGGAUCACCAGGACUCGUGGGGUUCUCACUAACGAACGCAAUCGGCCUCAGCCAGACCAUCCUAACAUUAGUGCGGAACAUGAAUGAACUAGAAGUAGAGCUGAACUCAUUCCAACGCAUAUCCGAGUACGCCGAAAUCGAGCCCGAAGCGGAACCCAAGGAGGAGGAAUUAAAAGCGGGCAAGAUACCCGCGUCUUGGCCCGCGACCGGCAACAUGGAAUUCCGGAACGUGACGGCGCGCUACUCGGAAACCGGACCAGAUAUCCUACGCAACGUAUCAUUCCGCGCUCAGCCCGGGCAGCGGAUCGCUAUCAUCGGCCGCACCGGCAGCGGGAAGAGCACGAUCACGCGGUCGAUCCUGCGGUCCACGGACGUGGUAUCGGGGGGCAUCACGAUCGACGGGAUCGACGUGCGGAACAUCCCCCUGAAGCGUCUGCGCUCGAGCAUAAGUUUCGUGCCACAGGACGCGGUUAUUUUCUCCGGGGACAUCCGAUCGAAUCUCGACCCGGAGAACACGCUCGACGAGACGGAGCUGCAGGCCGUGCUUACGGCGUGCAGCUUGAUCCAGACGCGGGGCGUUGAUACGGGGUCCGGGCUUUCGGUACACGCUCCGGUAGCGAGUGGUGGGAAGAACUUCAGCAAUGGGCAGAGACAGAUCCUCGGGCUUGCGCGGGCGAUGUGCAGGCGGUCGAAAGUGGUGAUAUUGGAUGAGGCGACGGCGUCGGUGGAUCAUGAGACGGAUGUGAGGAUGCAGAGGCUCAUUCGGUCGGAGUUUGCGGGGUCCACGAUUAUAACGAUUGCGCAUCGGCUGCGUACGAUCAUUGAUUAUGACCAGGUCGUUGUUAUGGAUGAAGGGAAAGUUCUGGAGACGGGCUCGCCUGCUGAUUUGAUUGAUAAAGAGGGGACGUUCUGGGGGAUGUUGAGGAAUAGUGGCGAGUAUGAGGAGUUAGUCUCGUUGGCGAGGGAGGGAAGCCAUGAUUGAUAUGGCUAUCUUCGACAUUUUGCGAGGUCCCCUGAGAUAGAAUUUCAUAAUAAUGAAGAAACGUCAUUUCCAAACCCUUUCUUGGGAAUUUUUGAGGAUAUGCGGGAGAGAUCGAGAUUAGGUAAUCAUAGGGGUGGCUCUUACUAAGCGAGAACUUUUUGUUUAUGUAAGCAAUUACCAAGCUGAUUAGG